AUGAAAGUCUCCAGUGGCUCCAUUGAGUUCCUUGUUCAUGAGAUAGCAGUUGCAGAAUUUCACAAAAAAAUCAAAGAGGCUUUUGAAGUCUUUGACCAUGAGUCGAAUAAUACAGUGGAUGUGAGAGAGAUUGGUACAAUUAUCAGGUCAUUGGGAUGCUGCCCUAGUGAAGGAGAGCUACAGGAUCUGAUUGCAGAGGUAGAGGAAGAAGAACCCACUGGAUACAUUCGAUUUGAAAAAUUUCUUCCAGUGAUGACUAAAGUGCUGCUGGAAAGAAGAUACAGACCAAUUCCAGAAGAUACCCUUCUUCGAGCUUUUGAGGUCUUAGAUCCAGCUAAACGUGGGUUUCUUUCUAAGGAAGAACUGAUCAAGUAUAUGACUGAAGAAGGUGAGCCUUUUUCUCAGGAAGAAAUGGAAGAAAUGUUGUCUGCUGCAAUUGAUCCAGAAGCAAAUUCAAUUCAUUACAAGGAUUAUAUAACAAUGAUGGUGAUAGAUGAAAAUUAAACUCUCUAAAGACUUAAUUUCUAAUUGAAAGGAUAAUUUUAAAAAUUGCUUGUCUUUGUUGAUUUCACAUUUUAUCUUAUAAUUCCUACCUAUGAUAAUUACUGCCAUGUGACAACUAUUUCAAUAUAUUUUGUUUUUUACAGAACCUCAUAACAAUUUAAAACAUAAAUUUACUUAGUGUGUCUAGUCUCAUGAAAUGACAAAUUGCUAAUUAUUUUGAAACUAUUCUUAAAACAUUUUAACAUUAUCUGUGGAUUGUUGUUAAUUUUCUACCAUAAAACCCAGGUUACCUUCAAAUUAAUUAAGCUGACAAAAUGAAGAGUGGCUUGAAGGACCCAAGGUUUUACAUAUAAAGAUCCUGGGAGGGGGCAGAAUGACCACAAAUUGUAAAUGAGUAGCAAUGUGAUGAAAGCUUCUUUUUAAAACAACAACAGACACUUCAGCAAUCUGAAUGUGGAAGGAGAGUUAUUGAAAUGAAUAUUAAUAAU